AUGGUGGUUUGGGUGAUUGCAGAUUGCUCUUCCGGUUCAAAUCGGUUUCCAAACAUUGGCUCUCUCUCAUCACUCACCCCUACUUCUCUCACUGCCACCAAAUCCUCAACCGGCAUCCCUUCUAGCCUAUUCCUACAGUUGCACCGCUCGUCCCGACUCAACAACCCAGAAUAUGAAUUCGUCUCUUUCAAUGACCCACUCACCUUCACUCCCCCUUUCAGAAUUCUCACUUUCAUCCCCGAUCCAUCUGGUUUAAAAAUUCUACAAUCUUGCAAUGGAUUGUUGUUCUGUUGCAGCUCUCAAACUCAUAACCUUAAACGCAAAUACUAUGUAUACAAUCACACCACCAAACAGUUCACUACACUUCCUACACUGGGUUUUGGUUCUCCAAGACCCGUUCACGGUGUGAAUUUCGCUUUCAAUCCUGCAAAAUCGCCUCACUACAAAGUUAUGUGUGUUCAGAGCUCAGACUUCAGUUCUGAGCAUUACCAGAUCAAGAUCUACUCCUCCAAUACUGGUCCUUGGAGGGUUUCUGGUCAACCUUUCAUUGCUCAUGUUAACAUUCAAUUCAAUUGCGGGGUUUAUUGGAAUGGCGCAAUUCAUUGGCUCAGCAUCCGGGGAGAUCCGUUGUGUUUUGUUGUUGAUAAAAAAUGUCUUCAAAUAAUGUCGAUGCCUCCACUUCCAUCAGGCUACGAUCGGAGGUGGUUUAACUAUUUUGGGGAGUCGGGUGACCAUUUGCAUCUGAUCGAGAGGUAUCGUCCUCCAAACACGCAGUUCAACAUCUAUGAAUUAGAGAGACCGUUCAGAGUGGUUUGUGAAGUAUCGAAUCGACCUUGGUUCAGUUGCUGCUGAAUUUCCAGAGAUGAUUCCAACCAGAACAAUUGCAGAGCACUUGAAUUUCUACAACUUUGUUAUACUUUCGGUUGUCGGAGAGAAACAACAGAUGGGGGGGAGUCGUCGUUCAUGGUGUUGCACAUAAAUGGUAAGGUGAUGCGGUACAGUUUUGAGGAUAAGAGUUUGAAGAAGCUCUGUGAUUUUGCUGCUUCAGCUCCAGGUCGACCUGUGAGUUUUGGUGGAAGGCGCCUUUGUUUUCCAUUUAUUGAGUCUCUUUCUUGCGUUUGAUAUUGUUGAGACCAAAGGAUGGAUUGUAAAUUACAAUUUUUAUUUGUUCAAAUAAUAAUAAUACUGUAAUGAUAAAUUACAGUUUAUAAUUAAAUAAAUUUUAAUUAUUUCUAUUGGGGGUAUUCAAAUAGGCCAUGUGACAUAGCUUGAUAUUUUUACGACUCUAUAUUAAU